CAGAAUGAGUUCUUCCUGCUUCCUGUGCUGUCUCCUAGCAACCUGUCCCUGCUGUUAAACAUUUUGACAGGGAACCAGGGCACUGCACAACAGCCUUUGCUUGGAACAGCAGUAACCUAUCCCUUGGCUGAGACAGUAUCAAUACACUGAUAUAGCGAGAAAUCCAGGCAUAACCAACUAAAGUGAAAUAUGGAUGCAGAAAGUGAUUACAGUGCUCACACCUCCUCCCUGGACUGUAGUAGUGAAAAACUAGAAAGCAACCCAAAAAACAAUGCCAUUCAGACUCAAGACAGAGGUGGUGACUGGAGAACAAUAUUUUUUGACAAAAUGCAAGAAAGAGGAUUAAAGCUACAACAGAAGACCUUGGAAAGUCUAAAACUCCAGCAAGCACAAGAAAAGAAAGAAAAAAAGGCAAAUCCUCCAGAUGAACAGGCCAAAGAUUGGUUUAGCCAGGAUAAAACAACUGUGCAUACCAGAGCCUACUUACUUGACAAGCUGAUGCCUUCCAUUGUACCGGGGCUGGAAGCUCUACUUAAAGAAUUAGAGAAAAGAAAGGUUCUAGAAGACAGUUCCAUUGCAUUUGAUCCAAUUAUAUAUCUUGGAGAGCAGCUCAUGAGGCAUAAUCCAGAGUAUGUUAGGGAUCUUCAAAGCAAUUCAUAUGUACAAGGGCUAAAAGAGGUUCUUUCUGAUCUCAAAGAACAGAUUUUUGAUCUAGAAUUUAACAGACUUGGUCAACUAAAGGAAGAAAUGAGGGAAGUCCAGCACCAGAGAGCACAAAUAGAAAGCAUCCAAUCCCAGGUGAAGCAUGAGAGGCGAGAAGUUCUGGCUAUGCAGUUCCAAGAAUGGACUUUGGAUGUCAGUGGAAGGAUCCCUCUUGUGCUGGUACAAAGUGCAUUAAAAUCUUUUUCGGAAGUAAUAGCUAACCUUCCAUUGGAUGAAAAAGCAGCUUAUGAAGAGGAGCUGAAGACGGUGAACACAAUGGAAUGUAUGCUAACUCAGGAAGAAUUUGUGGAGUAUGUGCAUCCAUUUAUCUGUCACUUCAGUACAGACUUAUUUCAGGAGUUCCUGCAUCAUCUCUCACAGUGUGCAGAUACAUUUCGUGAAACCAUUCGACAUGACAUCUGGAGACAGAUGUUUUCUGAUCUCUUCUUUGCAUGUGACCCAGGAAAGGUUGGCUUUCUUGACAGACAGAGAGUCCUGGCUUUACUGGAAACUUUCUAUGAAAAAACUAUUUCAGAAACUGAUGAAUGGCAGCCACGAAACCCUAGGCAAUGGCCAGUGGUUGAGCUGGAUGAAAUGGAUCCAACAGACUUUUGGGCUGACUUCCAAGAAGGAGUAAAGUCUUUAGAGGAACAAGAAGGUUCCGUUAUGGCAAUCUCAGCAACGACUCAAAUAUCAACUCCAACAGAAGGCGAUUAUCAUUUAAUAGGCCCUAUGCAAGAACAAGAUAAGCUAGAUGGAAUUCCUUCAACUGAAGGCAGUAGUGAAUCACAUCUUAUUGGUUUGCCAUUCCCAACAAAGUCAGAGGCACCUACUGCUGAAGACAUUAGGAGUAGUGACUCAUAUCUCAUUGAUGGAAAACCUUGGUCAGGAAAACUUCUGACUGCUGAUCUGGCCAUUAAGUACAGCUCUUACGGUGACAAAAUCCAAGAUGAGUGCAAUGCAGCAGCUUCUAAAUUCACAGAUUUGCACCCUAUCAUGUCAGAGAUUAACUCCCGAGGCCCAUCAUGCAUUGCAAGUGCGUUCAAUGACAGUGCAUUAAAUUUACCCCAGUUUGUACAAUUGAUGGAGACUUUCCUGGGGGAAGGGGCACCACACUCAUUUGUGGAGAAGCUUGUAUCCUUUAUACAGAAGGAAUAUGCUGAGACAGAAGAGGAGAAGGUGGCAUUGUUGUCAAAAGUUCGACAAGAUGCCUUACUGGCACGACAAAAGUUGGUGCUGCAAGCUCUCUUUGUGAAGUGGGACAAUGAUGGAUCUGGGUUUCUGGGACUAGAUGAGGUUGAGGCUCUGCUGUUCAAGUACAAGGAAGGCAUGGAAACUGAGGUGAUGGCAAGAGGAAGGGAAGCACUGAGUUCCUCCCAAUCUCAAAGGAGCAUUCAGAGGCUCUCGGCUCCUGAAUUCUGCAAAUACAUUCAGGGUGUGGUGAGGCAGCUGCCUGGUCCUGAUGAGGAGGUGUUUGAAAGCUUGGUGGAAUACCUGACAUCCAGUGUGGAACGUUCUCAGGCUGAGAAGCUGCGAGGGGCUUCCAGAAGAAAGUGGUUGCAGCAAAUCCAAGUGGCAGCUGAGACAAGUGGAGGAAAUCUGCAGCCUGUGUACAAAGCUCUGUUUCAGGCACUUUUUAAGGAUGCAGAGGCCCAUGGAAAUAACAAAAGGAUUAGUGCUAACAUUGGCCUUCUGGAGGAGAGCUCAGUUGGUGGAGGAUGGACACAGAUCAUCCGUUAUGUAGCUUGUACUGCAGAUGAUACUCCGUAUGUACUAAACAAGACCCUACAAAGAGAUAUGAAGGGUGUGAGCUUUGCAGCAGUGGAGAGCGGAAUACCACAGCAUGUGCCUCGGGUUCAGUACCACGGACACAUCCAUUUCUGGAAUACAGACCGACCAGAAGAAGAGCGCAAAGGGUCUCUUAUUGUCCUGCCUCUCAUUGAUAUGCAACAACGGGCAUUUGGUACCCUUUCCAUUGAUACAAUGAGAGAUCCCCGGGAAAGGAAUAUAUUUCUCACUCAUGAGAUCAGCUUUUAUCAGGGGGUCACCAAUGCAUUCAGUGCAUCAUAUAAUCACGUGCAACAAAUCAAGGAUAUUCUUCAACUAAUAAGCAGUGCCCUUGCCUGGAUCUACAGCCGUGCUCCCAACAUCCGCAGCAUCACCACAUACCUAAUGGAGCCCAGUGUAGAUAAGUUACAGGGUUAUGUGUUUCGCAAAAUGAUGAGCACAGAUAAUAACACAGGGCUGUCUGAAAUCUACAGCUCCCCAGCCAUGCUGCGCAGGCAGGAUAAUCUUUUCAGGGAUUACCUCUUUAAGUGUGCCGAUAGCUCAGAAGUUAUUACAACAGAUGCCUAUGGAGAGCGUCACAUUGCUGUACCUAUUCGCAACUCAGCGGGACGGGCACUUGGAGUGCUGGAUCUAAGCACUGGGCAGUGCAAGGAGCUACCUGCACACGAGUAUCAAGAUCUGCAAAAAAUGCUGCAAAUGCUGCAGGAAGCUUGCUAUGAAAUCCUAGAGGAGAACCAAUUCAGCGACACCCAGAAAAAGUCUAUCCUAGAGGCAGAGCGAGUGUCUGGGCACAGACGGGCAGCGGUUCUGUUCCAUCGCUUCAUGCUGCAGGAUCUGCGUCAGUGUGUGAGCAAACUCGACCACCAGUCUUUUGCUGAGCUCAAGAGUUACAAGGAACCCCCUACCAUGGUGCAUAGUAUCCUCAAAGCUGUGCUGCUCCUCUUCUGCCCUGACUGGGCCGAAUCAGAUGAAGUUGAAAGCUGGAAUCAGUGUAAACUGAAAGUUAACAGCGAUUUGAUCAGGAAAAUUUUAUUCUUUGACCCAACUGCCCAAUCUGUGCAGAUUAAACCAGAGAUGCUGGCCAAGUAUAUCAAAGGUAUUCCCAGGGGUGCAGUUUGGAAACAUGGCUCCAUCCCUGCUGAACAUCUAUAUAACUGGGCCUUCACCUGUCUCUCCCUAAUGGAACUUACAGAGAAAAUCCCAAAUACACAGAGUCCAUCACUGAUCACUGUGCCAGUACCAAACAGAAGUGAAAACGCUUAAACCAAGAGCAUAACCAGUUCUAUAUUUUAUCUUUUUUAUUUUUCUAGGUUAAACCAUAACUUUAAAUAGAUUCAUACAUUAAAUAGGAACAGUGUUGAUUAGAGUAACUGAAGUCACAUGGGAGGCCCUUGCAGUGCCCAGAGCAGUUCUUUGCUGGUGGGAUUUUCCACCCGGCUUGCUUGAAAACUUAUUUGAUUGAUGGGAUUUUCCUGUCAGAUAUUAUGCUCAAGUCAUAAGCUGCUAACUCUGUCCAGAGAGACCAAGUCGUCAGAUGAUAUCUGUCCAGGCGUGGGCACCUUUACAAUAACAAUGCCACAAGCAGAUUCCUCUUUUCUGAUAAACAGAAAGGAAUUCUUACCUAAAAUUAAAUUCUAUUUCUGAAGAAAUAUAAAAUAUCAAUUCACCUAUAUAUAUAUACUGUAUAUAAAAAAUUUAACUCAUGGAUAGAGCCAGGCCAAGCGAGGUAAGGCAACCUGGCCAGCCACCCUGCAUCACCCUAGGAGUGGGGGAAGCUUGCACUGGAGUGGUGAUAACAAGUGGCAGUGGGGUACAAGGGCCCAUACUAGAUUUAGGCAAAGGAAGAGGUCUGUGCCUAUGCCAGCAGCAUUUCUAGUCAAAAAGCUGAAACACCCAGCAUAGCUAUCCAGCAAUACAACUGUAUUCCAGUAACCACUGCUGUAAUAAGUAUUCCAUACCUAACCUACCCACAGCAAUGAACCAGUUAAUGCAUUCUGUAUUCCGAAUGUGCAAAACAGUGUCUUUCUCUAUGGGGAAAGAUUCCAUCUCUGUAAUAACACCUUCCAAGUAGAAGCUGUUUUUUUUUUUUUUAAUAAAAGCAAAAUUUGGGAAAUUA